AUGACUUCCUGGCCCAAGAAGGUUGGUACCUACAUAACCAACAAGAUUGUUUCCCCGACGAAAAACUCAGAUUUAACUGAACAUAGUCUUGGGGAAUUUAACAGAAGAAAUGAGCUUUUGGAUUUGAAGAGACACUCCAAGAGUAGUCCUUAUUACCAGGGGCUCACAGAUUCAUCCCUUGUUACAAAUCGACUGAGACUCCCAGGGGGGUCAAGUCCGGGACGAGAAAGCCAUGCAGCCACUUCUUUCAGNCACUCCAAGAGUAGUCCUUAUUACCAGGGGCUCACAGAUUCAUCCCUUGUUACAAAUCGACAGAGACUCCCAGGGGGGUCAAGUCCGGGACGAGAAAGCCAUGCAGCCACUUCUUUCAGUUCAAGCUCCGGAUCGAGUUUCAUGGUUAAGAUGCAAGAAUGGGGUGGUUCUUGCUUUAUCAGGAAGAACAAGGAAGAGAAACACUACACAAGUACGAGUUCUAGUGGGAUCAGUAAAAGCUCUCAAGGCACUCAGAUUACUUCCUCUUCUUCUUCAUCAUCGUCAACAAAGACGACUGCAACAAUUACGACGAUUGCAAGAGCUCGGAGAAUCACUACAGAACUGAAGAAUACAAAUUUACAGAAGAAUGGUAGCAGUAAUGUCAAGGAAAGUCACAGUAUUGCUAUAUCAACGGAAGAGAAGCAAUUGAGGGAGAGAGAAUCAGAACAACAACCACCACCACCGCCGCCACAACACCUACAAACUUCACCACCACCGCAACGCCUACAAACUGCACCACCACCUCUGCAAACAUUACCACUAGAACCAGUACAAACUUCACUAGCGGAGAACGAAAGACAGUUCAUUUGGGCAGACAAUUAUCGGCCUCAAGCCCUAGAAGAUUUUUUCUGUAACAGGGAUAAAGCAGUUGAGCUGCAAGCUUUGGCGAAAUCAGGAUAUUGUGGGCAUCUCAUAUUUGAAGGAUCUCCAGGUGUGGGAAAGAGAACCAUGAUUCGGGCAUUGCUUCGCGAAGCUUUUGGAGCAGAAAAAAUACAGGCCAGGGACGAGUGCAAGAAAUUUGACUUGAAGGGAGAAGCAGUGGGCAGCAUCUUUGUAAACAUAAAAGAAUCAUCUCAACACGUUGAAGUCAAUCUCUCUGAACUAAAAGGGUACGAGAAGCACAUAAUACUCGAACUUAUCAAAGAAGCAAAUAACAGGUUAUCAAACCAAGCUUUGGAGUGCAGCCAUGAUAACUGUCGAGCAAUUAUUCUAUAUGAGGCAGACAAACUAUCUACAGAUGCCCUACUAUAUAUCAAGUGGCUACUAGAAAGGUAUAAAGGGUGCAAUAAGGUGGUCUUUUGCUGCACCGAUGUGUCAAAGCUUCAGCCGAUAAAGUCACUUUGCACCAUUGUACAACUCCUUUCGCCUUCUAACGAAGAGAUUGUUGAGGUUUUGCAAUUCAUAGCAAAACAAGAAGGCAUAAAUUUGCCACACCAACUGGCUGUGAAAAUUGCUAUUAAUUCCAAGAAUAACCUACGGCAAGCCAUCCGUUCGUUUGAGGCUACCUGGAAAUUAAAUUCUUCCUUGAAGGAAGAUCAACAAAUCAUGACGGGGUGGGAAGAUGAUAUUGCCAAGAUUGCCAAAAAUAUUGUAGAAGAACAAAGCCCAAAACAGCUAUAUGCCAUCCGUGGAAAACUUCAAAAUCUCAUAGAGUACAAUGUAUCUCCCGAAUAUAUCUUUCAAACUCUUGUGACAGAACUGAAGAAACAUCUGGAUGAGCAAUUACACCUACAAAUAGACAAUCUGUACAAGGAAUACAAUAGGGAUGAUGACAAGCCUUUUGCCUUUGCACGCAGUGAACAUAAAAAAAGGGGUAAAACGCAUAAUGAUGCAGGAAGAAAGAAUGUUCAGCAUUUUAUGAGGAUUGAAGAGUUUAUAGCAAAAUUCAUGAGCUGCUACAAGAGUUUGGCUGUGAAUAACAAAGGUGUAUGACAUCUUGGAUUUUAAAGGGACUACUAGAUGAUUGCUUGCCUCAACCAACAUAUUCAAAAUAAGACAACGAAGAUACCAGGACAGACAACUCUGUCCUUUACAGGCUUCAGGUCAUGGCUAGAACAGUUUAUUUACAAAAUAAAAUGGCAACUUAAGAAAUGCCGCGA